AUGUCUUCGCCGGCGAUGUCAAGCAGCCGCCGCUACCUCCUCCAGAGGAUGAUGUCUUCACCAAAACCGUAUCCUAUUGGGAGGGUUAUUCCUCAGGAGCAACGAUCCACCAUUAGCGGUCCAUCAUCACUGCUUAGGCGAGUCAGGUUCCUGAUCGAUGACAUCUCGGAUCUCGACGUUGCUGCCAAGCACGCUCGUUUAGCUGCGACGAAGAAGAGGAUGUAUCCUCAAGAAGCCUUAUUUACCAGCAAAGCAAUUAUCGGAGCCAUGUGCAACGCUGGGCGGUCCGGCGACGCCUUGGAUCUGUUCGAUUUCUUUUUCAACAAAUCCAAGUUGAAGCCAGACAUCGCUUGCUGCAACUUCAUCAUCAAAACCCACUGCGAGCAAGGUCGCUUUGACGAAGCUCUUGGACUCUACAAGCACCUCCUCUCCAACCCUCCUUCUCCGGACCAUAACACGUACGACAUCUUGACCAAAGCCCUGUUCGAUGCCGGGAGAAUGCACCAAGCUCUAGAUCUCUUGUUGAAAGGAAGAGCUGACUUGUUCAAUUUCCAAAAGCCAGGCAUGUACAUGAAUCUUAUUCGUGGCUACUUGGAACAGGGGAAUCUCGACAUGGCCUAUCAGCUCCGGGACGACUUCAAGACAUGUUCAAUACGCAACGAAGUCGCAGUCGUGGAAUCAGUAUUCGUGGAGUAUUUGUUCAAGCAAGGCAAGGAUGAGGAGGCUAUGGAUCUAUACAGGAGCUCGGUUACGUUGAACGAGGACGGCCUGACAGCUAAUGCAACUGUGGGAAAUGUGUAUCUGAAACUGUUGCUCAAGUACGGCAAGAAAACACAGGCCUGGGCAUUGUUCGAGUAUAUGCUUGACAAUCACUGCUGCUGGUUUCGGUUCAAUGGGGAUACUCUUAAUAUGAUGGUGGACGAGUGUUUUGAGGAAGGACGGUUCAGCGAUGCGGUCAACAUCUUAACCAAGGCCAAGGCAAAGGUUAAGUACAACUUGCUGCCUGUGGGAGCAUACCGAAACCUUAUUACAAGGUUAUGUCAGAAUGGGAGGCUGUCCGAGGCUGAGAGUGUGUUUGAUGAAUUUUUGAAACAAGAUGUCUUGAAUACAGAUGUUGAAACUUAUAACGCAAUGAUUCGUGCAUAUGCUGAGUCUGGAAGGGUUGAGGAUGCCGUUCAAACUGCAAACAAGAUGAUGACUUCUAAAGUCCACAAGGUUGCUAAAUUCUUUUCUAGUUUAGGUUAG